AUGUCCCUCUCACACACAGCUGCCGAGUACAUGCUCUCUGACGCUCUGCUCCCGGAUCCCGGCAGCUCCCCAGCCCAAGGGCUGCCGCGCGUUUUUCGGCUGGAGCUGCCAAGCGAUCGCCUGCUGAAGUUCAUCACUGUGGGGCUGCCCCUGUGCCUCGUUUCGCUGGCCUUUGCCCGGGAGUUCUCUGCCGGCUCCCAGAUCAGCUGCUUCUCUCCCACCAACUUCACGGGGAAGCAGUCUGCCUACACUGACACAGCUUGCUGGGACUCCCUCAUCCACCAUGGCUUCGACGCUGAGGGCCACGCCGUCACCAAGUCCCUCUGGACUCUCAAGGUCUUCCCCUACUCGCUGCUGGUGGUGGCUGUGCUGAUGUACCUGCCAUACCUGCUGUGGCGCUACGCUGCUGCCCCCGCCCUGCACUCUGACCUCCUCUUCAUCAUCGAUGAACUGGACAAAUCUUACAACCGCUCCGUGCGCCUGGUGCAGCACAUGAGGAAGGUCCAGCAGGCCAGCGCCGAGCCGGAGCGGUUCUGGGAGGAGUAUGAGAGGGCUCGCCAGGAGAGGUACUUUGAGUUCCCACUGCUGGAGCGGUAUUUGACCUGCAAGCAGCAUGCCCACGCCCUGGCGUUCAUCUACAUCCUACGGAACCUGCUGCUGCUCCUCUUCCUGGCUGCCACCUGCCUCUACCUGGUCUUCCUGCACCUCAACAUCUUCUUCCAGGAUGAGUUCAGCUGCUCCAUCAAAACGGGGCUGCUCCAGGCAGAACCCCACAUCCCCCCACUCAUCCCCUGCAAGCUGGUCUUCUUCUCCGUCUUCCAGCUCAUCAGUCUCUCCAUCGGCAGUGUCUAUGUCCUCCUCAUCCCUGUUGUCAUCUACAACGCACUGCAGCUCUGCCAGUGGGACAAGGGGCUGCUCUCUGUCUACGAGAUGCUGCCUGCCUUCGACCUGCUGAGCCGCAGGAUGCUCACCUGCCCCCUCAAUGACCUCAACAUCAUCCUUCUCUUCCUCCGUGCCAACAUCUCCAAGCUGACCUCCUUCAGCCGCCUCAACGCUGUCAGUGCCCUGAGGGAAGCCACUGCCAACAAAGAGGACAUCGACACUGUUGUGGAUUUCAUGACACUGCUGGCUGGGCUGGAGACCACCAAGCCCAAACCCCAAGCUUGCACCCCUGAGGCCGGAGGCAGCACAGCCCUCUCCAAUGGCGCAGCCCUAGGUAGGCUCUUUGGGUAG